AUGCUAGGGCCCGUAAGGCAGCAUGCGGGCCUGCUCCCUCAUCAGCAGUUCCAGGUGCACCAGCAGCAGCAGCAGCAGCAGCAGCAACAGCAGCAGCAACAACAGCAGCAGCCUCUGCUUCUGCUUAAGGGAAUUCCACCAACUGCAUUUUCCUCUUCUGUGCAGCCAUCCCAGCUGCAGCAGCAACUGCAGCUGCAGCAGCAACAGCCGCAGCAGCAACAACCACAGCAACCGCAACAGCAGCAGCAGCAGCAGCAGCAAAGCCAUUGGGCACAACUGCAGCAGCAGCAGCAGUUGCGGCUGCAGCAAAUACGACGCAUGCAGAAGCAUGUUGAGGAGAGGCAUCAGCAGCUAAGGGAGGAGCUAAGGCAGCCACAGAAUCAGCGCCACCGCUUGCUGCAGCAGCAGCAGCAGCUACUGCUGCAGCAGCAGCAACAACAGCUGCAACAGCAGCACCAACAGCUCAAACAACAGCAGCAACAGCUACUGCAGCAGCAGCAGCAACAGCAGCAGCAGCAGCACUUAGGAAUCCCUGUUGGGGCUUCGGCCUCCCUUCCCGAAAUAGGAUUAGUACACACGCGCCAGCAGCAACUGCUGCUGCAGCAGCAGCUAGAGCAGCAGCAGCUACUGCAGCAGCAGCAACAGCAGCAACUAGAGCAGCAGCAGCAGCUGCUAGAGCAGCAGCAGCUGAAGCAUAUAAGAGGGCCUGCAGCAACUCCACAAGAUCUAUCAAGGACGCAGAACGUCCUGACAGUUGACCAGCAAAAGCAGCAGCAACAGCAGCAACAGCAGCAACUGCAACAACAGCAGCAGCAGCAACCGCAGCAGCAGCAGCAGCAGUUGCAAGCGCAGCAACAGCAGCACCAGCCAAUCCUACGGCGCCCAGGUACCAGAUACCUUGGACCUGGGAGCGCAGCAGCAACCGCAGCAACAGCAGCAGCAACAGCAGCAACAACAACAGCAGCAGCAGCAGCAGGGGUUGCUAAUCCAUCCCACGCUGCAGCACCUGCACGUGGAGCAGUAGCAGCACCAGCAGCAUCAGCAGCACCAACAGCACAACCAGCAACACCAACAGCAGCAUCAACAACAACACCAACAACAGCAGCAGCAGCAACAACAACAACAGCAGCAGCAGCAACAGCAGCAGCAGCAGCAGCAAGCGGCCAUACUGCAGGCCGCAGCGGUUGGCUGCCGCAGGAGUUGCCUAGGAAGCAGCACAGCCGUCAGCAUAGUCUUACACGUUCUGAUUCCCAUAAGAAACUGCAGCAGCAGCAGCAGCAGCAGCAGCAGCAGCAACAGCAGCAGCAGCAACAACGAACAUUUCAGAGUGAGCAUCAAUCAGCGGGAGUGCAGCAGCAGCGGCUGCAGCAGCAGCAACAAAAGUUGCGGCAGCAGCAGCAGCAGCAGAAGCGCUUAAAUAGUGAAUCAGAACUGCAGCAGCAGCAGCAGCAGCAGCUGCAGCAGCUGCAGCGGCAGCCAUCGCUCCGAGCAGAACGGCGGGAACUGUCUCGGCAUCGUCAGCAGCAGCAACAGCAGCAACAGCAACAGCAACAGCAGCAGCAGCAGCAAAAACAAGACAAAGACGUUGCCUCUCUUCAGGAGGCGCCUAAGCAGCCGGUGAAGCAGCAGCAGGUGCAGCAGCAGCAGGUGCAGCAGCAGCAGGUACAACAGCAGCAGGUACAACAGCAGCAGGUGCAGCAGCAGCAGGUGCAGCAGCAGCAAGAGCAGCAGCAACCUCAACAGCAGCAACAGCAGGUAGAGCAACAACAACCACAACAGCAGAUGGAUCCACUGCAAAGACAACAGCAGCUGCAGCAGCAGCAGCAAGAGCACCAGCAGCAGCAGCAGCAGCAGCAGCAAGAAGCUGCUCCCUCGCCACCCUCUCGCCUCUGCAGAGAUGAUAUUCCUAUUAAGGCAACAGCAGCACAAGAAUUUUUUCAGCGUCUGCUGCAGGAGGAUGCUAUGCUGCAGCAACAGCAGCAGCAGCAGCAGGGGGGCAUGCAGCAGCAGCAGCAGCAGCACCCGCAGCCCAGACUGCAGCACCCCAAAGCAGCAGAUUCUUCUGGAUCCCGCAGGUCAAUGUCUGUUAGUCGCCCUGCAGCAGCAGCAGGAGCAGCAGCAGCAGGUGGUACCAUGCAGCAGCAGCAGCGAAUGCAGCAGCAGCAGCAGCAGCAGCAGCAGAAGCCACCUCUUAGUAGACUUGGUUCCUGCGGCAGCACCAGCGGCAGCACAAGCUACCUACCUACUGACGAUCUAGAGGACUUUGAUACUCCCCCUAGUUACCGUUACGUAUCUGAGGUGCUGCUGCAGCAGCUGCAGCAGGAGAGCAGCAAAGCAGAUUGGCGGCAGCAAACGCAUGCACUUCUUAAUCUAAGAAGAAUCGCUAAAUUUCAUACACAACUACUGACACCGGAAUUAGUUCGUCGUGUAUGUAGUGCAGUAUUAAUUUUAUUGAAUUCCCCGCGGAGUUCUUUGGCUAAGAAUGCCGCCAUUACUCUUAAUGAUUUAUUCUUAUUCGCUAAUAAUAAAAUAGAUUCCGCUGUCCCGGAGGUUGUUGAUGUCUGCCUUAAAAAGACAGCAGGAGAAGCGUCUCCUGAUUUACGUGCGGCAUCUCGUGCUGCUCUCGCCUUGCUGUUUGAAGUUGUUCCUUCUUCGGAUUGGCGAGCUGGAGGAAUUUCUGCUGAACAAAUCAAAGCUGCGCAGCAAAUAUCCUCAAGAACAACAAGAGGAGAAAUUGCUGCUGUCUUAGAGACUGUCUCCUCUGCAGUAAUUAACCCUAAAGGUAAAUAA